AUGUCCAAGGAAGAUAAAAAACUGCCCGACUGGUCGAAAUUGUCGGGUAUUGUUAUUUCCAGUGCUUCCCAUGCUCUGGCAGAGGUCAAACAAAUGAGCAAUCAGGCCGUGUCCCCGCCCGAUGUAAACCUGCCUGACUGGUCGAAAGUGUCGGGCGCUGUUCUAUCCCGUGCGUCUGAUGCUCUGGCAGAGGUCAAACAAUUAAGCAAUCAGGCCAUAUCUAAGAAAGAUGAUAUAAACCUCCCGAACAUAGACUGGUCGAAAGUAUCGGGUGAUAUCAUCUCUCAUGGGUCCGGCGCUCUGACAGGGGCUAAACAAUUGGUUAAUCAGGUUUCCGCAUAUGGCCACUGGAGCUCUGAUAUGCCAGCGUUUCAGCAAUACCAGGAGAAGGCGCGGCAGCUCAUAGGGAUGAUAUCGAAUCCGUUCAGUGUCCACUGGAUCAAAGUGUGGGGGACUAUUCUCGCGGGCACUUCCAAUUUGAGGGACAAUAUUCUCUCGGGCGUUUUCAAAUUGUGGGGUGCCAUUCCCUCGGUCCCUUUCAGAUUGUGGAGCUUCAUCCUUUCUAAAUUGCGGGGCACUGCCAGAGUUCCAAUUCCCUUGAGCACUUCCGAUUCCAAUUCGUUUACUGUCCUAUCCUGUGUUUCGCAUGCUCUGACAGGAGUCAACGCCUGGUCGAUUAGGCAUCCAUAUUUCGCAGCUGCAGUUUUGCUAUCCAUCUCUGGGGACUCUGAUAUCCUUCUUGGGCCAUUGACGGGAAAACCUGCACCGUACACUGGGACCUCGACUGUUCCCAAUUACUGCAAAAAUCCGAUCACGAAUAGAUGCGAGAAUGUGGAUGCAUGCAAAAGUGAAUCGACGGUCGUGCUUAGUGUCUCUUGGUUGACGGGUCUUGGAGCUAUGUUUGUUUUGGGUAGGACAUGGGGCUGGUGGGAUUGA